UUUCCAGCUUGGGAUCGAACCUGCCGUUUGUUUUUUUGUUUUCUUUUUCUUGUAAUCGUAUAUCUUUAUACAUUCCAAUCCUUUUUUCCCUUUUCCUUUCUGAAUCCAUGCUAAAUCGAAACUUUUAUUUCGAUAAUUGUAGGAAGAAGUUCAGUUUCGUUGAAUGUUGUGCUCCAUUUUGGAUUUUGCAUACAGCGUAGUGGUCGAAUCUUGUGCGAAGAAGAGAAAACAAUCUCGAUUUUAUAUUUUCUGUAGCUAGGUCUGUUUCUGAAAUUGCGAAAGUAACGUCUGUUGUAGGUGAUUUUGCUUGUUUGAAAUGGCUUCCUCUGCUCUAAUCUCCGACUCCGAGGCAUGGAAGAACCUGAAGGCCCAUCUGCGUGAUUUGAUGAGUGAUGCUGCCCGAUGCAAAUCCAUGAUGGUCUGGUCUUCUCUCAGCAUCCUUCUUCCAUCACUGAAUGCUUACAACAUUGGUCAGCCUCUUGCUACCCAGGUCCGAAAGCAACUUAACGCAUCCCGAACAAAGGGAGGAUCAAUUGAAGGCUUUAAUUUCAGUACAACAUUGCUGAAGAGAUAUCUAGAGGCAAGUUCGGAUGUUCCAUCUGAUCUUCCUGCUCUUCUACCCAGAACUGAACCUGCUUCUGGCCAAGAGUUCUGAUAUUGAAUAACAUAAACCGAUUAUGUAUUUUCCUUAAGUUUAUGCUAAGAGUGACUAUUUCUUCCCCGAGAAAAUCUUCGAUGUUGUGCAAUGUGUACAAUUGCGGUGCCCCCUCUUCCGUCAUACUGAUCUUCCUCUUUAAGUCGGAAAUGGAUGAACUUAUUUAUUUUUUUAUUUUUUGGAUAAAUGGGAGUCGGAACUAUGCUCCCCUAUAAAGUGAUUCUGGGUGAGAAAGGUUUUUGAAUAGUUGAUUUUCCUUUAAGCUUU